AUGCAUCCCAAAAGAAGAAGUGACAUAAGUUCUACAGCAUCCAAGGUUUUACAAUCAGGAUUCUACUGGCCUACUUUGCACAAUGAUGCUCAAAACUUUGUAAAAAGUUGCAAUGAGUGUCUGAGGAGUGGAAAUAUCUCUAGAAGAAAUGAAAUGCCUUUAAACGGAAUCCUAGAAAUAGAAUUAUUUGAUGUUUGGGGUAUAGACUUUAUGGGACCUUUUCCUCUAUCCAAUAAUUGUGCCUACAUAUUGGUAGAUGUGGAUGUGUCCAAAUGGGUGGAAGCCAUGGCUUGCCAUUCCAAUGAUGCUAAAACAGUUGCUAAGUUUUUACAAAAGCACAUAUUCAGUAGAUUUGGUACACCUCGUGCCUUAAUUAGUGAUGAAGGCACUCACUUCAUAAACAACAUGUUAAAAGAAGUUCUUGAUAAGUAUGACAUCAAGCAUAGGGUAGCAACUGCCUACCAUCCUCAGAACAACGGAUAA